AUGAGCGGUGAGGCGGUGAGUUUCCGAGUAUCAAAUCUUCAAAAAAAAGGACCUUUUCCAGGAAUUCAAGGUGAUUCUUAGUCCGGAUCCUGCGAUUGUCCCGCUCAAAGGUUCGACGACGUUCACGCUUUCGACGACGUCGAAGCGGAAAGUCUACUUGUUCAUCUACUUCAAUUCGUAUCGACUCAAAUUGACCGGGCUCGCACACUGUGUCGGCCAGCAACUAAAGGACCGAGUACGGUACGCCGUACUUGAAGGUACGCGUUUGUCGGAUAUGUGUGUUCAGAAAUUCUUGAAGGUCUGGACUUUUGACCCGAUAUUGCAAGUGGAUCAAAAGUCUUGGCCUUCGAAAAGCCUGGCGAACUACAAAGUUGCAACUUUUCAAUGGAAUUUUUCAGAAAAUCAGAGUGUCACGUUCACCAUUUCGGAUUCGGUACGGGUGGGCCGAUCUGCACAUUUUCUGGAGGGCAGUCUCGCCGUUCGUGCCUCGUUCACGGAUCCAUGCGUUCCCCAAGAAAAAGUGGACGCCGAGAAUGAGCUCGGAGCCACGUACUUCAACAUUGGAAUCGAUCCGGAAACCGAUUCCUAUCGGGCGCAAAAAGCGCACAUUGCGGAGGCCCGGGCACCCGCUCCGCCGGGACGGAUGGUCAAGGUGCUGCGAGAGGUAGAUGACCGCUAUUCGGAGGAUAGAGUGGCGAUGAAGGAAGGGCUCAUAGUGAAGAAUUCGGAGAAAGAGAAGCCUGCGCGGCCGGAGCCGGCGAGCUCAGUGAAAUAUGUGGUGAGCUCGAAGCUUUUUGCACGUUGUUGGCUUAUCUGGGCCGAUCUGGACAGUUUUUUUUUAAUGAAUCACGUAAAUACACACUAAGUCCACUUUGGCCACUGUGAAAUCAGUUUUCUAUCUUAAAGAAUCCUAACGUCAUUCUGCGACCGGAUCCUCCGAUCGUUCCGCCCCACGGUUCGACAAAGUUCACGCUGUCGAUGGCUGAAAAACGCAAAGCCUACGUGACACUUUUUCUCGAUUCGUAUCGGCUCAAAGUGAACGGAAUAGCGGAUGUGAAGGAGAAUAAAGAGUUUGGCCGCGGAUACUGUCUCGUACUCGAAGGUACCGUUUUAUCAGAAAUCGGUGCAGCAGGGGCGGCGGCCGUACUCUCGUUUUACAGAAAAUCAAAGCGCGACGUUCACGAUUUCGGAUUCGGAGAACGAGCCGGUCGACAAACGGUGUCCAAAGUCCGAAGAGGGCGUGCUCAUUGUGCGCUACUCGUUCUUGAAACCAUGGAAUCCCGCGGAGGACUAUAAAGGUUACAAAGCGGCACACUUCAACGUGAACGUCCAUCCGGAAACGGUCUCGUAUCGUCAGUUGAAAGUGUGCAUUUACAAAAAGAAAAAGGCGCUUUUGGAGCGGCGUCACAUGACGCACGCUGAUGGAAUCGACGAUUUGACACGGAGCGAUUUGGAGUGGACCAACAGUGAGUUUGAGAAAAAUGCGCCGUACGUCUACUGCAAUCGAAUUUCUUCAGGUCGUCGUAUCCGGGAGGAGAGAGAAAAAAAGCGGAAGGAAGCGGAGGAGGAGAAAAAAGGCGGAAAGAAGAAGAAGAAGAAGAAGAGCAAGUCGAAAUCGGUGGAAAAGGAGAACAAGAAGUGCGUGAUUAUGUGA